UAGCGCCCUCUGGUAUAUCACGUGACCAAAGUCGUAAAUGGCCGAAUAACACUGUGUGUCGCAGGAGUUCCUUCACGAGUGUGUCACAGACCGACCAUACGAGGGAAAACGUACGCUUCGGUUGUUUAGUCUGCUGCGUUCAACGCUUGGAACCUUGGAUAUUUUUUUAGCGUCUCAUGUUUGUAGUCUGUGAUCAUAUUGUGUUCUUCUUCCCUCAAACAUGCCUUUGUUCGGGAAGAAAAACGAAGCGGACAAGAAACUGAAAGAAAGCGAUAUACGGCGGAAAUACGAGUUCAAAGACACAUUGGGAACG